UACAGGUAGGGGCAGUAUUUCACAGUAUACGUUGUGCUUUCAUCUGAUGUGUCUGCUUGAUGUCGGACGUCGAUCGUUUCCAGAGAUCGUAAAGUGAAAAGGUUAUCGCAAUGCGUCGUCGGCUUACGAAAUACAAACUCAGCAGACAAUAAAUCGCUAUCUGAACACAUCGCUAUGAACCAUGAUGUCCCAAAGAAAGAAUACCAAUGCAGUGGAGAGAUUGGAAGGAAAACGUUCGAAAGAACUUAUGUCCUCUUCCAGUCUUUCUGGUAUGUCACAGUUAUCCAACAGCAGUGAGGAAACAUUGGAGGCCUUUGUACACAAACCUCACAAAUCUGAUAGUUUAGAAAAUACAACGAAUGCGAGAAAUGUACAAAACAACGAAUGGCUAUUGAGCGGAUCAAGUAGAAGCAAAGCACCUGUUUUACGCUUUAAAUAUUCCGCUUUAGCCACGCCGCCAGAAGAUCCACCCGCAAAACAGUUACAUAUGACCUACAAGAUCUUUCAAACAGACACUAAGCUUAUUAAUCUUCUGUUGCAAUCACACGGUUUAGUAGAGGUGCCUAUGAAUGAAACAGACUUUAACAUACUGUGGAUGGGAAAUCAUCCAAAGCCUGAUAUCUUGCGGAAUUUGAUGCCUUAUCAAAAAGUGAAUCAUUUUCCUAGGUCUUACGAAAUCACGCGUAAGGACCGGCUCUACAAAAACAUCGAAGCUAUGCAGAGGAGUAAAGGCCUACGCAAUCUUGACUUUAUACCUCAGACCUUUUUGCUACCCGCGGAAGUUAGAGAGUUGAUUUCGGCGCAUUUCAGAUACAGAGGACCAUGGAUUGUGAAGCCUAAAGCCAGCUCACGAGGCCGUGGCAUUUACAUUGUCAACAACCCUGAGAAGAUUCUAACAGACGAAUCGGUUAUCGUGGCACAAUACAUAAAUAACCCGCUUUUAGUCGACGGACACAAGUGCGAUCUGCGCCUCUACGUGGCCGUAACGAAUUACGAUCCCCUGCUAAUUUAUUUAUACGAGGAAGGCUUAGUGAGAUUCGCAGCUGUUAAAUAUGACGGCGGGAACCAAUAUAUCUGGAAUCCUUGCAUGCACCUUUGCAACUACAGUAUAAACAAAUUCCACGUGGAUUAUGUAAAGAGCGAGGAUCCCGAUGCCGAGGACGUGGGACACAAGUGGACGCUGUCGGCAUUGCUCAGGCACUUGCGAGUGAAGGGCCAAGACACGGAACUGCUGAUGCAGCGAAUAGAAGAUAUUAUCAUAAAAUCGAUCCUCGCCACCGCAUCCGGAAUUGUCAGUGGCGUGAAGCAGUUCGUCAAACAUCCCGACGCAUGUUUCGAACUAUUUGGAUUUGAUAUACUAAUCGACGACACGCUGAAGCCGUGGCUGUUGGAAGUGAAUUUGAGCCCUUCAUUGGGAUGCGAUUCCCCGCUGGAUGUUAGACUCAAAUCAGCUUUAAUCUCAGACUUGCUCACUCUCGUCGGCCUACCCGCCGUGGAUCCGAUUCUGCGUUCUCAAAAUUUAAACCGCGCUGCCAUUAAUGCCAAUAAAAAGAUAACUAGUUAUAGAAGAGUACAGUCCGCGGAGACAUUGCCUCAAGGAAGGAAGAACGCUAAUAGGAAUAAUAAAAAUAAAACGGGUCUAAGCUCAGAGCAGCAGCGAAUAGUGGCGUCUGCUAAAGCGCAAUUCGAAAGGAGAGGCGGAUUUGUUAGAAUAUUUCCAAGUCCAAAGUCUUGGGAGCUCUACUCGCAAUAUCUAGAUCCGAUCACAGGUGCGCCGAUGGUAUCGGAUCCACUUGGUUCAAGAAGAUUAGGGCAAUAUGUUAACACAAACCACAAUUUAAUGUUGCACGAACAAUUGUUUCCCGCGGUCUGUCAUGUUACUGGCUAUAUUAUUCCGGAAGUAACAUUAGACAGAUUAUCCAGGUAUGAAAGAUACGAAAGAGCAUUAGUGAAAGGUCACAAGCAGAGUCUGGACAAAGGAAAUAAGGAAAACUUAGAUGUAGAUAUGCACAAGUAUAAGAGUCAAGUAAUACAAGCAAUGCAAGAAGGCAAUAAACUCAGUCCUGGCGAAGCGAGGAAGGCCUUUGGUUUAUAUUUAGGUUGCGUAUUACGGAAAAUAUCACAGCCUAAUGCAGAUUUGGCGUGCUGCGAUCUUGUUAUGAAGUUUCUUCAGCAUUCCUCCUGCAGUUUGAGAACACCAUUUCUAUUCACUCUUCCGUGCAGUAAAUUAAGCGACAAGGACCGGGCUGCCAUUACCGCAAAACAACUCUCCGAUUUUUUGCAUCUGUACAAUAGAGAAACGGACCUUUACGAAGAUACUGUAGAUCGGCCUCGUACUGUUCCUAAUAAACUCUUUCAAAAGUUUUUGGCUGCUGCAAGCGAGCAGGAUCUCGACGAUGUGCUAAUCCUGCAAACUCGCCUUUACAAAUGCGCGCACAGCUUUCUGGGAAAGAGCGGUUUCGCCGGCCAUCUACGCGGUGCUAAUCUUCUCGGGUCUCUGCCGCACAUCACGUCACGAGUGUAUUCCAAUGCUGCCGCAACAGAGCAAUGCAGGUGUAAUAAUCCAAUUAAUAGAAAAUGUCAUCUAGUCAGCUUAUAUUUCUCCUUCUUCUACUUAUUGGUGAUCUUUCGAUUGGGUGACUAUUUUGGAUUACCAAGCGUACCGACGCACACCAAUCUCGUUGUAAUGAUACUCACAUUGAAGCUACCUGGAUUAGCGUUUGAAAUUAAUUCAGCAGCUACAGCGUCAGCCGAUGAUACCCAAGGAACAAACUCGGAUGCACUCAAGAGAAUUGGUUUCAUGGAUGUAAUACAUUACAGCUUCGGUUAUAUGGGUGUUUUAACAGGUCCGUACUAUCGUUACAGAACGUACUGGGAUUCCUUGCAUAGGCCGUUUUCCAAAUACGUCGAUCCAUGGCCUCUCACUCUUUACAAGCUCAAACAGAUUGCAGCAUUUAUUGCAUUGUUUUUAGCAGCGAACCACCUAUUUCCUAGUGAUUAUACGCAAUCGACGGAGUUUGGAGAACACAGUUUCCUUUAUAGAUUUUUAUAUAUAUAUCCGACAUUCACCGGUUUUCGACUAAGAAUGUUCAUUGGUAUGGCUCUAGCUGAAUGUGUGUGCCAAAUGUCAGGGCUAGGGGCUUAUCCAGUUUCCUGCCAACCUGUGCCUGGUUUGGGCCCGCGAGAUUACAAAACGAUUGAAAAAUUGUCAAUUGAUGACGAUAGAACAAAGAAGGAGGUGCAGGAUUUUGAAACGGUGCACAACAUGAACGUGUGGGAAGUGGAAACGACUUCGUUCGUCAGACACACGAUGAAAAUGUGGAAUACUUGUGUACAAUAUUGGAUGGCAGUAUGCAUUUACAAAAGGUUUCCCUACAAGGGUUUAAGAAUUGUGGCGACAAUGACUCUAUCCGCACUAUGGCACGGCUAUGCUGCAGGCUAUUAUUUCUGCAUAUGCCAAGUCCCGCUUUAUCUACCUUUCGAAGAUCUCUGCAUGAAAUUUCACAAUCAAUGCGAAGAGAACGGAUUCGGUAGGAAGGCUUGGAAACUCUUCUUAUGGUGGGCGCGGCUCACGUGUAUGGCGUACCUCGGCGUGCCCUUCCAGUUGCUGCGCUUCCAAGAAAUAAUACACUUUUACAAGAGUCUGUAUUUCUCCGGACACAUCUUAGGACUUGUGCUUUACUUAGCCUUACGAAUCUCAAAGCCGUACUUCCUCAAACGGCAUCAAACGGAAGAUCAGAAAACCAAGUAACUCCUAAGGAGCGCGUUGGCUUUAAAGCGGGAGUUCCCAAUCCGUGCGAGAGGUGGUGAAACGAACGUUCUAAUUUGGUUACUUUCUUUUUUAAGGUAUCGAGGUAUUAAGCGUAUCUUUAUCGAUAUAUUGUUAAUUUUUCUAUACCAUUUUUUGACUAGGUCUGUGAUGCUAUUAUUUCUUUCUUGCGGUAUUAUGGGAUUUAUGGCUUUUUUCCUUUUGUGCUAUUGAUUUUUUGAUACUCUUUUUAUCUUGGUAAUUCGUGUUCUGUAAAAUUGGAUACUUGUUUCUGUCGUAUCUCGUGAUAUUGUGGUGAUAUUUUAAUUGAGUCAUUGAGGCUUGCCAAAACCAAUAAUUGCAUGCAGAUUGCAUCAAGCAACAAUUUGAUGCUCAUUCGACAGUAUUGUUAAUAUAACUUUAUGGGAAACGAUAAUCUUCCUCUUCUAAUAUCUUUACUGAUUACAGUACUUUACAAAAUUCAAAAGGUUUUCAGCAACGGGAAGCAGUACUAUUACUAAUCGGAUAGAUAUGUGCAAUACUAAUUUAGUUUAAAUUAGACAACACUAGUCAGUAUGAAGAUAUCGAAGGAGAAUGUCGGAAAUAUCUCCGUUAUUCCAUUUGUUAUCAAACGAAUGAAUUAUUUCAAGAUGAAAUCAUCUGUGGGAGAAGUGAUGCAUAAUAAUGUGAAAAUAUUCGAUAUAAAAAAACGUUACAAGAUAUACUUGUAAAUUUUUUAGAUUUAAACCAAAGAUAUCAAGGUACGAUCAUACAUUGCGAAUGCUAAGACACAUAUUAGUUCUCUAAAAUUAUAUUGGCGUAAAAGAACUGAAAACUGAAUUGUAAGUAAGCUGAGUGACAGAUCAAAAUCGAGUAUUAUUGCAAUAUUAGUUAUAAUUUCUUGAGUAUUAAAAUUUUGGAAUAGAAUAAGGGAGAUUUUUUCUUCUUUCACGAAUAUUGGUCGAGUUAAUGGAAUAUGAAUAUGAUUUUUGUACCAAGAGAUACAAGCACAUUUUGUAAGAAGGAACUCCUGCCUUGCAUUAUAGAUUUCCUUUUCGAAUUGAAAGUCUUCAGUUUACUCUAUACUCCGUAUAUAAUAAUCAAAGAUACUAGCUGUUAUUAAUGUUUUAUAUACUUGAUACAUGUGAAGCGGUGAGGGAUAUCGCGAGUACAAAUCCGAGUGCCAUUCGGUGAUAGAUGCUCCUCGCACCUCGGAAUGUCGUGGGAUUUUAUUAUCGAGGAAGGGAAGAGUGUCGAUCAUAUUGCAAAAAAAAAAAUGUAAAAGAGCAGGUGCAACACUCGCAAGUUAUCGAGAAGAGCAAUAAAGAGUCUAUUUCUCUA